ACUUUGCUAUAAAUUACACGCUAAGUUUUGGAUUAGUGGGACUCCACUUGCAUUCUCUCUCCUAGCGCCAGAAGCAACCUCUUCCCCUUUUCUCUUUCCUCGAAAUCUCAAUUCUUUCGAUUUCUUGUUCCUGAUCUUCUCGAUCAUCUCGAUAUAUCUGAAUUUGUAGCGGAUUAAGUUUGUGAAUUUGAUCAUCAUGUCGAAGAGUUCUUUCAAACUUCAACACCCUCUUGAACGAAGACAGGCUGAAGCAUCUCGUAUCAGGGAGAAAUAUCCUGACAGAAUCCCUGUUAUUGUGGAGAAGGCUGAAAAAAGUGAUAUUCCUGACAUUGACAAGAAGAAGUAUCUUGUUCCUGCUGAUUUAACUGUGGGGCAGUUUGUCUAUGUGGUGCGCAAGAGGAUAAAGCUCAGUGCUGAGAAGGCUAUAUUUAUUUUCGUAAAGAAUAUUCUACCGCCCACUGCCGCUAUGAUGUCAGCUAUUUAUGAGGAGCACAAGGAUGAAGAUGGUUUUCUCUACAUGACAUACAGUGGAGAGAACACAUUCGGAGCUCUUUAAGUGCGUGCAUUGGUGCCUGGUUAUUUUAUGUAAAUAAGUUCCUAUGAUAUGACAAAGACAGACCCAAGUUUGUAUAUAUAGUUUCUGCUAAUUAUCAAUCAAGAUUAGUGGCUGAAUGGUACCUUUCCUCGGACAAGUUUCCUUUAAAGUUGGAUUAUUCAAUCUUAAUUUCUUUUAUGUUGAAAA